CUCCAAGAGGGGAACAUUUCCAACUUACUUCUCUCAGCUCAACUCAGCAGCAGCAGUGCAGUGGCGAGCGUCGUCGGGUAAACAUCGCUUUUUCGUGGUGCAACGUGGUUGUUUGUUGUUCGGUCGAGCGCGUGCCGGCUAGUGAAAUCAACAAUCCCAACACCCCGCUAGGUAUUGUGGUCGGUGUGGUCAGCUGACAUUGACUGACGCUCUAGGUUCGGAAGUAAUUACCAAAGAGAAGCCUCAUCUCUGGACGCUAACGGUAGUGUCUCGAAGUUUUUUUUUGGCUCAGUGAGUCCGGGUUUUUUUUUUCGAUUAGGAGCCAAGAAGAAGUGUUAAUCUCGUCCGGAUACCAUGUGGCUUUCGGGGGCAACCCUCGGGUUGCUGCUGGUGGGUUUGGUAACAGUGCUACUCUGGCUGUACGACAACCUGAAAUCUCUGGUGCAGAUUGUGACGUCAGUGCUGGCUCCUUACUUUGUGCCAGCAGAAAAUAAACCUCUUGCCGAACGUUUCGGUAAAUGGGCAGUGAUUACCGGCAGUACCGAUGGCAUCGGCAAGCAAUACGCCUUCCAGUUGGCCGCCCGGGGUCUCAACAUAGUGCUCAUCUCACGGACCGCUGAGAAACUGAUGGCCGUGGCGGCGGAAAUCGAACAGCGGCACCAGGUGAAGACCAAGUGGAUUGCGGCUGACUUUGGCCAGGGUCGACCCGUCUUCGAGAAGAUACGGCAGGAGCUGGCCGGUGUCCCGGUGGGAAUUCUAGUCAACAACGUCGGCACCAAUGUGGACUUUCCGGACGAUCUGGACCAGGUGUCGGAGGAGAAGCUGUGGGACAUUAUCAACAUCAACAUCGGUGCGGCCACCAUGUUGACCCGAAUGGUGCUACCGGAGAUGAAGCAAAGGCGGCAGGGCGCAAUCGUCAACAUUUCCUCCGGCAGCGAACUGCAACCUUUGCCGUACAUGACGGUUUAUGCCGCCUCGAAGGCCUACAUCCACAACUUCACACUGGCAAUGCAGUACGAGCUGGAGCCGUUUGGCAUAACGUGCCAACUGGUUAGUCCACUAUUCGUCACCACCAAGAUGAACAACUUCUCCACCACGGUGAUGGAGGGCGGUCUUUUCAUCCCUGAUGCCGAGUCUUACGCCAAAUCUGCGGUGUUCACCCUGGGCAAGUCGAAGCAGACUACCGGCUACUGGACUCACGGAAUUCAGUACUGUUUCAUGCAGCUGGCCCCGGAGUGGGUCCGGAUUAUCAUCGGAGGCAUCAUGAACAAGCGGUUCCGGAAGGAGUAUUACCAUAGUCAACGGCAGGUUCAAUCUUCCACCGCUAAGGUGGAAUAAAGCUUCUUGUAGGGAAAGAAAUUAAAAGUUUAAUUAAUUGGAACCUUCACAGCAAACGAUUUCGGGUUAUAAAAACGUAACAAUAAUUUGACCAAAAGCAUGUAACAGACUUGCUACAUAACAUCACAUCAGUAUAUUUUCGGUUACCCUCAUUUGAGCAGUUUUUGAUCGAACGUUAACCCCUUAUUUUUUGCUGUGUAAUACAACUGUUCAGUUCGUACUAAUGUUCAAUUCCAUGUUCAUUGAACUGGAAUGAUGUCAUGUGUCCGAUGCAUUUCAAAUACCAGUUAUAGCAGAUUAGUAUAAGUCAAUGCGAUUUUCCUGUGUAUUCAGGGGAAAAUAUUUUUAAUCACACUUAGAUAUACUCGGGUUAGCGAGAUUAUAAUAAAUUAGUUAAUGAGAAA